AUGGCAGCCCCGGGCGGCCAGGGGAGUGGAGAACAGCCUGUUGGGAAAGGUGACAGUUUUCCCGAAGUGAUCAAGGGGAUGUGCCUGCCAAGUGUGCCUCAGGACCAGCGCAGCGCCCCCAUCCUCCAGAAGACCAUCACCACAACCACCACCACCACCACCACCACCACCCCCCCACCUGCAAGCACCACAUCUCGUCUCCUGACCAUAGAGUUCUGCAAAGCUUCAGCUCUAGUGGAAAUAGCAUCACGUCUCAUCAAACAGACCAGAGCACACCUAAUUAAAUUCACCACACUCUGUCCAAGAUACGACUAUAUGGCAGCCUAUGGAGGCAGAGCACUAGGAACAGUGGUACACCACGAAGGAGACGUGGACGUAGGCAGGGCAAAUGGCCUAGAGCCAAGGCAGGACCAUGUCACUGGGUUUCCUGUGCAGCUUCCCAGACCUGACACUCAGGCACUUACCUAUUAUCAGAACUAUGAGAACACAGUACCUCAGGCUUCUUUCCAGUUCGACGGACUGGAAGAGCUCAUCAAAACCCCCCCGGAUGAUUCACCUACUGAAAAAUACAACUUCAACUUUCUGCUGUCAGAUAUGGGUAACGACGACUAUCGAGACCAUACUCAGGCACUUGACUAUUAUCAAAACUACGAGAAUACUGUGUCCCCUCAAGCUUCUUUUCAGUUCGAAGGACUGGAAGAGCUCAUCAACCCCCCCCCAAACAAUUCGCCCUCUGGAAAAUACAACUUAACCGUUCUGUUGUCAGAUGUAGGUAACAACGACAAUCAAGACCUGACCCAACAAACUAGCUCAGUCUAUACCUCCUCACCGCUCAGUUGUCUGAGCUUCAUGGAAGAUAAAGGGAUGGCAUGUGAAACAACCAACUCUUAUCAGAUGACACAGGUGAGAAAGCCCCAAGCAGAGAAGGAAUCCUUGAACAAGUGGGAAAGAUUUAGAAAACUACGUGUACAGAAAAGGGUCCCAGUUCGGAAAGCACCGCAAACCGUUCCUGAUCCGGUGCCUGAGAGAAAAAGAACAACUCCCAUUAACCCUGCAUACACAAUUCGAAAAUCAAGAGUUGCCAACAGCAUCCACAUGAGACCCUAUAGGGAUAGGGUGAUUCACUUACUGGCCCUGAAGGACUAUAAGAAACCUGAACUGCUUCUUCGACUCCAGAAAGACGGCAUCCCCAGAGAUGAAAAGAACUCCCUCGGGGAAAUUCUAUUCCAAGUGGCCAAUUUGAAUACUCAGAAUUUUUCGUAUACCUUAAAGGAUCAUAUUUAUAAAGAGCUCCAGAAAGACUGGCCUGGUUAUAAUGAGCUAGACAGGCAGUCGUUGGAGCUGGUGCUUUCCAGAAAAGCAGACACAUUUCAGAAUGCUUCUGGCACCAAACACACAGAAUCUUCUCGAGGUUCUGGUGUAGAUAAAACAUGGGAGGAUCAGUUUUACAAUUUAUCUCAUAUUAAUUUAUCAAGGAAAAAAGUUCGAAUAUCUCACCUGACUACGGCAACACAGUCAAUGUCAAAUAGUCAUUCCGGUAACACCAGCACAAAUUCUACUGUAGGCCUCUCGCAACCUUCUGGUGCUGCGGCCAAUUCUCUCCCUCCUCCACUGCCCCCAGCCCACCAUCCCCUUCCAAAUCCUCCUCAGCCUAAAUGUUCCAACAGCAAAUCUUGUAGCUUUGCGAGAGGCCCUGGUGCUCAAGAUCCAGGUGUUAACAGUUCUAUUCAAAAUAGGAAAAUCUUUGUGGGGGCGCAGAGAAAACAUACUUCCCUGGAAACAUUAACCCCCAUCUCUGUUCGAAGGAAGUAUCUAAAGCUUAAGAAGAAAAAGCAAUCGAAGUCCCACAAGAAGUCCAAAUCUAAAUUUAGAGAACUCAAAGCAAAGAAGCAAGAGUGUAAUAUUGAGAUGAUGGAGACGGAGACACAGAAGCCAGAACUGGAAAGACAGGGGGAAAGUGCUCAGCCAAACCCUAAUGAAGUUGCUGAAGAGGUUUCCACUGCUUCUGAUAAGACUUGUUCAGCAUCUGACUUCCCCGAUUAUUUGGCCAACUAUGUCACUAUAAGCUCUUCUGAGCAACGUCGACACUAUGAGCAGGAAUUUAGAGCAGAAUAUGAUGAAUAUUAUGCCUUGUAUACCAAGAUGGUAUCUUUAUCUCAAGAAUUUAUUCACCUGGAUUCAAAAAGGAAGCACCUCUCUCCAGACUCAAGAAAGUAUCAGAAGAUUAAUAAGAAAAUAUCUCUAAAGUAUGAGAAGAUGAAACGGAUUCAUCCUAAUUACUAUGAAGAAAAGCAUAGAUGCCAGUACCUUUAUAACAAGCUGGCUCACAUUAAAAGAUUAAUAAAAGAUUAUGACCAGCAGCAAGUACAAGCCUUGCACUAGAAUAGUGCUAGGAUCAGAAUAAAUAAAUAUAAGCUUAGAGAAAGUACUGAGUUCCUUGCUCUAGGAUUCUAAAGGGAGGAAACCACUCUGUUGAAACAUUCAGGAUUACCCUUUUAAUUUUUCCUUCUUUUUAUGUUUAUUUUU